GAAGGAUUGUCGGGAUAAUGCUAUUGGGGCGGCAGAUCACUUACUUCUGACGUUCCAAAGCCCUGGGGAGCUGGCUCAAGAUUGCUUGUCUUUGAUAAGGUCCUUGCAACUUAGUAGCAACUAUGCUUUAAAAAAAAAAAAAAAAAAAACUCGCACUAAAUCGAACGAGCCGCGAUGUAUGUCUAGCUGUCUGUAUUAUUAGAUAAAAGAAUGAGAUGCAGAACAGAAAAAGGGGAUUUUUUUUUUUACAGUGAGCAAAACGAGAUCAUUAUGUUAUACACCCCUUGCUGGACCAGGCCGUCGGUUCCUCGCUUUGAUGUCCACAGUUAAACCUACAGAACAGCUUUUGUUAGAAAUUAGAAUAUCCCGGAGGACAUUUGGAGCAAGCAGUGACUGCUUGAAUCACAACCUGUACUGAAGGCAAACGGGCUCUUUUUAAAAGGGGGGGGGGGGGGGAGUCUGAUUUUAAACCCAGAACGAAACGCACCGCGGCUCAAUGCAGAUUGUGGAUUACUUUUCCCCUGCGUGAAAGAGAGAAAGCAAGGUGUUUUUCUUCUUUUUUCCAGGAGCUGAAAACUAAUGGAUCGAUGAGAGAAGGCGCUGAGCAGACCCCCGCUGUCCUGUGAGAUUACUGUGGCACUCUCAAAGGAGAACGCGAGACUCCGGCGGCGGCAGCAGCCCGAACCCGAGCCAUGAUUAGGACGCUUACGGACAGCUUCAGAGAAGAUGCACCUCGACCUCCGGUACCAGGGGAGGAAGGAGAGUCCUCAUGCCAGCCCCCGCGCAAGCUCGCCAUGAAAACCCAAAAGGCGAAGACAACCGUCGCACCCCUCUCCUCGGACGCCACGCCGCGGAGGAACGAGGGUGAACUCGGGGAGCCCGAAGGCAGCGCCUCCCCGGACUCCCCACUCUCUCGGUGGACAAAGUCGCUGCACUCCCUGCUGGGGGACCAGGACGGUGCUCACUUGUUCAGGACCUUUUUGGAACGCGAGAAAUGCGUUGACACUUUAGACUUCUGGUUCGCCUGCAACGGAUUCAGGCAAAUGGACCUCAAGGAAACCAAAACGCUACGAGUUGCCAAAGCUAUUUACAAGAGGUAUAUCGAGAACAACAGCAUCGUUGCCAAGCAGCUUAAACCCGCCACCAAAACCUACAUAAGGGAUAGUGUUAAGAAGCAGCAGAUCGACUCUGCGAUGUUUGAUCAGGCGCAGACCGAGAUUCAGACAACGAUGGAGGAGAACGCCUACCAGAUGUUUUUGACUUCUGAUGUAUACCUCGACUACGUACGGACUGGGGGCGAGAACCCUGCGUGCGCGAACCUGAACGGGCCAGGGAGUCUGAAAGUCGUGUGUGGCUACUUGCCUACCCUGAACGAAGAGGAGGAGUGGACUUGCAACGAUUUCAAAGCCAAGGCGCUGGCAUCUGUGGUGGGACUUUCUUCAAAAUCUUUGAGGGCAACCACUUCACUGAGAACUGCGGAAGUCAUUGAAAAUGGUUACAGGUCCUAUAGACGCAAGGACCCUGUCAACCCCUACCAUGUCAAUUCUGGUCAUGUGUUUGCUCCUGCAACCAGUGCGAACGACAGUGAAGUAUCCAGCGACGCCAUGACUGACGAUUCCAUGUCCAUGACUGAUAGCAGUGUAGAUGGGAUUCCGCCGUACAGACUGGGGAAGAAACACUUGCAGCGGGAGAUGCAGCGCAGUGUCAAGAUGAAUGGCCAGGUCUCGCUACCUCAUUUUCCCAGGACACACCGGCUGCCGAAGGAGAUGACUCCCGUGGACCCAGCCUCCUUCGCUGCGGAGCUCAUCGCCCGGCUGGAGAAGCUCAAGAGGGAGCAGGAAACCAUGAGCAGCCUGGAGGAGAGGCUGCAGCAAAUCAAAGAGGAGGAGGAGAAAGAGGACACUGAGGUGCCAGCCGGGAGCGGGCAGGUUGCUCUGGAGGCAGCACACCCCCAGCCUCACUCCCUGGCUCUGCUGCCGUCGUCGGGCAGCUGCGAGGAAGACCCCCAGGCCAUCCUGGACGAGCACUUGUCAAGGGUGCUGAAGACACCAGGGUGCCAAUCUCCGGGAGUGGGCCGCCACUCCCCCCGCUCCAAAUCCCCAGACCACCACCACCACCCCCUGCACCGGGGCAGCGUGCCCUCGGUGCCGUACCCCCUGGGCUCCAAACCCUUCGUCACCAAGCAGUCCACCAAACAUGUUCACCACCACUACAUCCACCACCACUCGGGGCUCAAGAGCAAGGAGCAGAUCGAGGUGGAGGCUGCCCAGCGGGUGCAGUGCCUGUGCCCGGGCAGCACGGACUACUGCCCCUACCCCAAAUGCAGAAGCCACUCGAAAGACCAGUCCGCGGGGCAAGGGGAUCAAUACGGAUUUGGCAGCCGGUCUAGCACGCUGUCUAAGAGGAGCUGUAAAGCUAGCGAGAGCUCCGUGCUUCCCAACGGGGACGGAGGGACGGGCUCCGGGCAGCUUCCCUCGGAUGGGACGGACCGCUCCCACAGCGUGUGGCAGUGGGUGUUGGAGGGGGAGAGGCAGAGCAAGCACAAAACACACAGCACUCAAGGUACGAAGAAGGUGUACGGCUCCGACUCGAGAGGAGCCCCUGGGGAGAGGUCCAGUCGCCAGCACUUGUGGGGGAGCGGCGGUCACCAGCGGACACACCAGCCAGCCCACCCCUUCAUCCAGGACCCGGCCAUGCCCCCCCUGCCCCCUCCCAACACCCUGGCACAGCUGGAGGAGGCCUGCCGACGCCUGGAGGAGGUGUCCAAGCCAGCCAAACAGAGGUAUUCAGCAUCAAGCCUUCAGAGAGACAGGAGUCACCCAAGUACUUUGCAAAGUGGAGUCCCGUCUUUAUCAAGUCCUGGACUUCAAACAGAAGAACACAAAGAACCAAAGAGAGCGCACAGUGGUCCCAGUGGCCAGGCCAGUGAGAUGGUGGUUACGUACUUUUUCUGUGGCGAGGAGAUUCCUUACCGAAGGAUGAUGAAGUCACACUGUCUGACGCUGGGGCACUUUAAGGAACAGCUCCGGAAAAAAGGAAAUUACAGGUACUACUUCAAGAAGGCCAGCAGUGAGUUUGACUGUGGUGCGGUUUUUGAGGAGAUCUGGGAGGACUGCACAGUCUUGCCCAUGUAUGAGGGGAAGAUUCUGGGGAAAGUGGAAAGAGUCGACUAAAGAGAAAGAGAAAGGACUUUUGAAGAAUCUUUUUUUAAGCUAAAGAGGUAUAUCCAGGAGACCACACAUUUGAAGGAAAAAUGAGCCAAUGAAGAAGAAGUAAUAAUAGGAAACGGAGUGGAUGGAAGACUUACCUGAGCAGCCUGACAGCAGCAGGGAUUGCGUUAUAAAGGUUCAUAAACUUGGCGUGGAGAAAUAUAAAGAGCUCAUAACUGUGUAUAGCUGAAAAAAAAAAAACAUGACCACUGAUUGGUUAUUGGAGACGCUGACCAUUGCAAAAAAGACUUUAUUGUAAAAACCGGGGACUUCCUGAGGAUAAGGAAUUGACAGACAUGGAAUUGACAGACAUGGACUGUGCGUCUGCCUUGUUAUGUUAUAUAUUAUUAUUAAUAAACCUUAAUAUAUAUUUAUUAAACUAUCACCCCCUGUCCCUGUCCCUACUCCACCGCGUCCAGAUUAUGGAUAUGCUGCUUCAAAAAAAUUGAGAGAACAAAAGCUAUCGUUCCGAUUUUACAAGGAUCUAAUUACAGUGCGUCCUUUUUGAUUUUGAUUUUUUGUAAUGCGCCCAGCUGUGAUAAGUGUGUUUUAUUUUAUUUUUUCUUUAUUUUUCUCCCCUGAAGAUGAAUUAUAAAAAAUAAGUAAUGAUUUGCACCUGUUGAAUCCACUGGUGUCGAAGUGGACCAGUCUUAAUCCAUGGUGCUGAAUCGCUCGGGUUCACGCGCACUCCUUCUAAAAUAGCAGAUCUUUUUAUGUUGCCUCUAGUGCCUCUCUGUGGCCGGGCAUUGCACAGACUAGAUAAGAAUUCAAACAGCCUGGAAUACACGACCUGAAUCACAAGACACGUCGCAACGUUAUUAAAUAAGAAUUCAUUCAUUAUUUAAAAUAACAACAGCAAACAAGUUUACAUUAAAGUAGCAGAAGCACCAAAAUACCAUUGCAUAUUUAAUGAUCACCUGCAUCCAGUAAAUAUUCUUGUGUGUUAACGAACGUGUGUCCCACACGCGCAGGCAUACACGCAUGCACGCACACACACACGCACACAGACAGUCUGUAAAAGAAAGACACUCCGCAAUUGCAUUUUAAUUUUUUGUUGUUGUUGUUGCUGUAAAACAUUAUCUAAGAAAGAAAAAAAUUACAUAUUGUCACAAUUGUCUUGUAAUUGUAAUACACUAUGGGAUAGUGCUGAAUUAGUACAGUACCUGUGCCCGCAUGGUGUUAAAAUGCCAUGUGUCGCCCUGUGUUCAGGGCACAAUAUUCCCUUGCUUUUUUAAGGGGCUUAUGUUUUUAAAGAUAUUUUUAUCAGUCUUGUAAUGUCGUUUUUUUUGUUUUAUUUUUUUGACGUGGCAUUUUUGUUCUACUUUAAACUGUAAAUUAUGCAUUAUAAAAAGAGUUUCCUUAAAAGAAUACUUGGUACUUUAAUUAUUGUAAUUAUUAAGAGAUGUAGCCUUUAUUAAAAUUUUAUAUUUUUCAAAUGAAA